GAUCUUCCGAUCUCCACCGAUUCGGAUCUAUUCCGGAUUGGUGUACAAUACGCGUGUAUUCGUACAUGCGUGCAUAUUUAUACUUGCGCGAGCAUGUGUAUGUGCGUAUAUGUUGUGUAUCUGAGUGUGAUUGUAUAUAGCUGAUUGCACAGAGUUAAACCGAGAGCGUUGUAAAAAAGAGGAAGGGGUAAUGCGAUCCGUGUGCGAAAUCAGCAUUCAGUAGUGAUUGACUUGAAGUGCGAGGGAAAAGAAAGAAAGAGCGAGAGAUAAAGAAUCGACUAUUCUCCAUAUGGCGCGAGCAAAUGUGAGAAGGCGGCACUCGGAUUUGCCGCAUUUUGAAUCUGUGGCUAGGAUCUCGAGUCUUCCCAUUGUAGAAAGCGGUAUACAUAUCGCUGGUAAUGUGUAUAGAAAAAUAAAGCGUUCGAAUUCUUUAAUGAACUGGAGUUUGGAUACGGCGGAGCAAUCAUUAGCGAUCGCUACGGCGACAGCAAGACCAGCAAUUUUUGCACUAAAUGGGCCAAUUACGACGAUCGAUCAGCUACUGUGUAAAGGUAUCGACAUCGUUGAGCAGAGAGUACCGGCAGUGCAUCUUCCCCCUCAUCUUAUGUAUUUGAAUACGCGAGACUAUGUAAAUAAGAAAAUUGUGAAACCGGUCCUAAUGCGCGCCGGAAGUGUCACGCAAAUCAGUAACCAAGCUGCCAACGUCGCCGCUGAUAGAUUGGAUGAUGCAUUGACAAUUGCGGAUAAGUACGUGGAUCAUUACUUGCCAGGAGAUCCAACUGAUAAAGAUGAGAGCAAUUCUACUGAAAGCACAAGCAAAACGACACGGACUAUCAAACACGGCGCAAGGUUCUCACGAAAACUACAAAAAAGAUUGACGCGACGCACUUUAGCCGAGGCGCGCGCGCUCAAAGAGCAAGGAACGGAGUGCAUCCACGUUCUUCUAUAUGUCGUCGAAUUGAUAGCUACUGAUCCAAAAUUAGCGAUGGAGAAAGCAAAGACGCUGUGGGCCACGUUGAGCCUACCGGAGCCUGAAAAUCAGGCGCGUCCUGAUACACUCGAACAGCUGCUCGUGCUCUUGACGCGCGAAUCCGCACGGCGCAUAGUCCAUCUUGUGAACGGCACGGCGGCAUUGGCGGCUAGGACCCCGCGACGUUUAGGUCAUCUACUUGUCCGGCUUUCUCAUCAAUUACUUGCCGUCGCGGACGCCUCAUUACAGAUGACACCACUUAUAGGUAAGAGCAAUGCGGUAAAAGAACAAAUGUCUAUUAUACGCUCUGGUAUUGAAAGGUUGAGUGCGACUACGAAUCUGCUAUUGGAAAAAUUCGCUGCGUUCUUGGCUGGUCGCCCUAGCCCUCAAAAGGUACCACGCAUGCGAAACCGCGAGCAGAACUACAACAAUCACAUGUCGGUGACUUCCAAUCCUCCAAUAAAUGGUAUCGAGUAACAAACGAGUCUCGCCUGAAAACUGCUACGUGCGGGUUUCUUUCCCCUUCUGGUAUGGUUUUCAAUUACAAGGUCAAAGACACGAGAGGAUAGAAAUCGCAUCGAGCCGCCGCUCAUUGAUUAACAUAACAUUUCAUCGACCGCGAUUACAUCAUUACCUUUUAUGAUUUUGUAUUCGUGAUACAAUACGUAAUACAACAGAAUAUAUUUUAUCAAUGGCACAGUGUACCCGUGCCCAUACUCAUUUUGUGCUUUUCAAGUUAGUCGUUAGUCAAAAAUCUAUUGCUCUUACGAUAAUUAAAUGUAAGUGAAGAAAUAAAGGGCCGUCUUAAUUCCGACGUCACGCGAA